AUCCAGUAUGCCAACAACAUUCUUGCGACUCUGCGGGGCUCAGCAGACCAAUCCGCUUGGGCUGAAGAAGAAUAUUCUCGCAUUCAAAGCAUCAUCACCAGUGUCCAGGACUUGCGAGAUGAACUAGAAGAGCAAACAUCGAAGAGGAUGCAACUAGAACGGGAAACGUGGAAGCUACAGUCUAGAUACAAAGAGGUCAAGUCCCAGUCCAGUAGCAUAGAGAUUCAACCCACUCUCGAAAGAGCAGCAACCUCCAUCGACCAACCGAAUGAAACUCCGAUCGACAAACAUCCGGAAGAUCAACCCUUCACGAGUAACGAACCUAAACAGCCGACAGAGGAGCAAUCCGCAGCCUUACCUCCCCUCCCGCUAUCCGAGCCGAGUGCUACGAAAGAUGAGCCAGAGGCUAUCCCUCCCUCUCUCCCAAUUCUAGAUAGUAAACCAGCCGUGCCCCCUCAUCCUGAAUCUACUGUCUUAGUCGGCUCUAAUGACCAG